AUGAUUGUCACUACUCCAGAUGGCGGCCGGGACGGUAUGCCAUCCACGACUGCUGUGAACGGCAGUCCCGCCAUCCAAGAUGUCUCGUCUUCGCCAACUUCGCCUCGGAUCGGCCGCAAUCGAUGGCUUCAGAUUCUGAGCACCUUUAUUGUUUUCAUGAAUACAUGGGGGUUUCUCCUCACAUCUGGCGCCUUCCAAGCGCAUUACGAGCUGUUCCUCAUCAGCGAUCAAUCCAGCUCCAACAUAGCUUGGAUAUCAACAACAUCCGCCUUUUUAGUCUUCGCUGCUGGCGUUGUGACCGGCCCGCUUUAUGAUCGAGGCUUUUACAAGCCACUGCUGGUAAUCGGCAGCCUUUUGCAGGUCUUUGGCUUCAUGAUGCUUAGCAUUUCUACUGAAUACUACCAGCUAUUCCUCAGCCAGGCUAUUUGCAUUGGCAUUGGCUCUGGCAUUGUGUUUACACCAAGUGUAUCGGCUGCCGCCGCCUGCUUGCCGAAUCCUGCCACCCGUGCCAAAGCGAUGGGCCUCAUGGCGUGUGGCAGCUGCGUCGGCGGCAUCGUUUUCCCAACCAUGUUCCGUGCUCUUGUGCCCCGAGUCGGUUUCCCCUGGACUGUCCGCUCCAUCGGAUUUCUAAUCCUAGCAUUAUACCUUCUGUUUUAUCUAGUGCUAUUAGAUGGAUGGAGCAAAACAUCGCGUGCCCUGGUCAUCCGGCGCUUCUUCGACACCCCAGCCUUUACCGACCUGCCCUUCAUGCUUCUUUCUGUUGCCUCCCUCUUUAGUGCUACCGCUUUUUAUAUCCCCCUCCUUUACCUGCCACUCUUUACCAAAGUUCGGGUACCAUCCAUUAGCCCUGAUCUAACGGUUGAUCUUCUUUCUAUACUCAACGGCGUUUCUGUGAUUGGUCGACUGGUAGCAGGUCUCGCAGCUGCCAUCUUUGGCCCGACGGAGACUAUUGCCGUGUCUCUCGUCGCAGGAUCCGUCCUGUUGUUUUGCUGGAUUCCUGUUGAUACAGUUGCUGGCACUAUCGUGUGGGCUGUAUUUUGGGGCAUGGUAUCCGGCAUCCUGGUUACUCUUCCGGGAGCAUUCAUACCUUUAUUCUGCCCGUCAGUGACCGUGAUAGGCUCCCGAACAGGUAUGUAUUGGAGCUGGGUUGGCCUGGGGAUGCUAAUAGGCAGCCCCAUUGGCGGCGCAAUCUACGAUGUGAAAUCAGCAGGGUCGGACUAUUGGCGUCUGCAGGUAUUCGCUGGUGUCUUUAUGAUGGCUGCUGCGCUUCUUACUAUUUACCCCAUCUUGUAUUUACGCCGGAAGAGGCGAACGACUUCUGUGGGCUCAGAGUAG